ACAAAAGUGACGAGAAACUUAGUACUUAUUCUUGAAAUAGAUACUAGUCUCAUAUCUUUCAAAGUCAUUUCUGUCAUCUGCUUGAAAUUAUGGCUAAUCUUCACUCUCCAUCCUUCACUAUGCUGCUCUUGCUAAUCACCCUGUCAAUUCUUGCAGAAGCUCGACAUCUUUUAGAAACAAUGUUGCCAGAGAUACCUGAGCUUCCUAAGCCUGAACUGCCUGAGUUGCCAAAGCUUGAAGUGCCUAAAUUUCCUGAAUUGCCAAAGCCUGCUGUUCCUGAAUUUCCUGAAUUGCCAAAACCUGACGUGCCCAAAAUUCCUGAAUUGCCAAAGCCUGAAAUUCCUGAAUUGCCAAAGCUUGAAGUGCCAAAAUUGCCAGAGUUGCCAAAGCCUGAACUGCCAUCGUUUCCCCACUUGCCUGAGAUGCCAAAGCCUACAUUUCCUGCUGUACCAACUCUUCCUGAGGACUUCAAACCACCUCAGACAACUACUAGUCCUUAAACAACAUACUACAUAUUCUACAAGCUUUGAUUUAUAAUCUGCUAUAUUGGAGUCAGAGCGUUUCUUCUUGAGAGUCUGAUUAUGUAUUUUAUACAUAAUUAAAUUGUAUUACGUGUUGAUUCUGUUCAAAGAUUGUAUUUUCUAUUUAUUUUUGGUUUAGCUUCACAUUUUUUAUGUUUUUAGUUAAUUUUCAAUGUAAGAAAUUGUUUCAGCUUA